AUGUCAUAGAAAUAUGAUGGAAAGGAAGAAUAAAAUAUAACUACAGCAAAGAAAUAUUGUAUACGCUCUAAAAAUGUUUGGAUACAAGAGAAAUCAGAUUUUUUAGAUGCAUACAUAUUUGUUGAUGGAGAAAUUACAGCAGAAGUCUUAUGCACUAAUUAAUAAUAGAGGUAAAUAGAGGAACUUUUAAAAACGUUUCCUCUUCACCAAGACUAUGGAGAUUUAUAUAUUUUUCCUGGACUAAUCGAUUUAAAUGUUUCCCUUCAUAUAGGAACUGAUUGGGAAGAGAUUGAGUAGACAACUGAACUCUAUCUUAAAGGAGGCGUAACUACUAUAGCUUGCUAGCCUUUACUGACAAACGAGAUUUAUUUGAAAGAUGAGCUUGUAUCUAUAAGGAAUAGAAAGCAAAGGAUUUUAAAUAAGUCAAAUACUGAUUACUGCUUUUUUGCUAAUCUCUAUCCUGAAAAUAUUUCUGAGUUAGAACAUAUAUAUUAAGAGCCUGGUGUAGCUGGCUUUAAGAUAUACUUGACUUCACCUUUCUAAAAUGGAGCAGGAUGGGUAGAAACGAAGAGAGACAUGGAUUUUGUUUUAAAUAAAUUAAAUUAAUUCAGAUAAAAGUUAGAAACUCAAGAUAUAUCUCCAACUUUAAUUGAAAAUUAGUGCUAGAAGUAAUUUUAGUGUAAUCAUAAGAAUUUGUUAGUUACCUUCCAUUCAAUAAAGAGUGGUGAAAAAGAACUAACAAUAACAUCACCUUUAAGAUAGCGCAAAAUAGAGGAGAGAUGCGAUAGAACAACUCAAAUUAAGCGUACAUAGGGAGAUUCCAUUCUUGGUGAAACCUAAAAAGGAAAAAAAAAAUAAGAAAUCAAUUACGAAGAUGAUUAGUUCGACAGCUUAACUAUGGGUCAAAUAUCAGAAUGUAUUAAUGACAAUAUCUUAAAUUUUUAAAAUCAAGUAUAAAACUCUGAUGAAGAAUUAAGUGCUUAGGAUUUACAUCCAGAAAAUAAUAAAAGCUUAUAUGAAAACCCUUUUAAGGAAAAUGAGAAUAACUAAGCUAAUUUAAAUGGAGAUUAGCCACAUUACAGCUCACAUUCAAAUAGGGAAAAAUUAAUAAAAAUGUAUGGAAAGGCUUCUAUUAAUUCUACAGAAAAUUUGUAAAUUUAACUUUUAUCUAGAGCAGAAAGAAAAACUUACAACAACCAAGAUGAAAGUGAUGAAGAUGAUGAAGAAUACCUCUCUUCUGAUAGCAAACUGAGUGAAGAAUAAGAAUAAUCAUCAUCAGGAAAAGAUGAUAGCAGCUCAUAAAAUGGAAAUAAUAAUCUAAAAAUACAUCAAUUAGAUGAGACAUGCAGUCCUACUUAAGAAAACCAAGCAAAACUUGAAAAAAGUACUUCAUUUUGCUCUCCUAUUAGCUCACCUUCAUCUUAAAGAUAUGAUACGAUGUCCCCCAAAAGUGAGUUAUGUCAAAAAGAAAGUAGAAAGGAAAGCCAUGAAAGUUCUGAUGAAAUCAAAUUCUAAGAUUAAAUUCCUUUUCCAGCAUAAAAUUAAAAUACUUAUUCUUAUGAUAUAGAACCAACUAAUAAUAUAGAUUCCAUCAAAAAUACUUGCAAAGUAAUUAAAAUGUAAAAGGUAUAGCAAGAUGAUUGCAACAUUAGUUAUCAUAAAGAUGAAGAUAAAGCUGGAAGUCUGCAUCAAAUAGACGAAAAUGCAGAGUCUGCUAGGGAUUCUAAUUCAGAAAAUGAACAUGAAAAUAGCUUUAACUAAAAUUAAACAUACAAAUAGGUACAUAAAAAAUCAUAUAACGAUUAUAGUGAAAGAUCUGGUAGUGGAUGUAGCAGCUACAUAUUAGCAUAUAAGACAAAAAGUCUAAUUAACUCAAAGAGAAGUUCACAUGAUAUUACCUAUAUAAACUAAAAUUAAAAUAGUGAAGGGCCCUAGAUAAAAUUAAUAAGAGACAUGAAAAGAGGUUCAUGUGAAAAGGACUCUCAUACUUUUAUUAACGAUAAUACACACACAUUAAAAAAAUCGAAUUUUAGAGCAUAUAACAAUGAGGUUCAGUCAAUGGUAGAAAUAAAUAAAAGUGAGAACAGCUCUCCUUCUCUAAAUGCUAGAUCUUCCAAACUAUUUGAGAAAAGAAAGAGUAGGACUUUAACUGUUUAGAUUGACUUAAAAUUAAACUAAGACAACAACAAUUUGGGUAAAUCUCAAAAUAAUAACGAAGAUGAAUCUGAUUAAAACAUGCAUGAACAUAUAAUUUGCUUGAAAAGUUCAGGACAGAUAGGAGAUGACCAAACAUCUUGCUAAAGUUUUAGGGAUAAUAAUAAUCACGAAUUUGGAGGUUUCUUGACUUAGUAAAAUAAUCGCUAUAAUAUUCCUCACUGCAAUAGUUCUAUUUUUUUAGCUAAAAUACAUUAAGAAAAAGAAGAUUGGAAUGAAAAUUAAAUAUUCAAUAAUGGAUUUAAAGAAGAAUAUUCCACUCGAAAAUAGAGUUCUGAUUCAGGUUCAAAUCACUCUAUCGGCAAUCAUUUAUUGAAUUAAAGUGUUUCAUCUUUAACAGGGACAAACUUUAAUUCACAAACUAUCGUACUUAAGUAAAACAAUGAUAAUUCCAAGCUAUGUGAAUGUUAUAAUCAAAAUUGCAAAUGUCUUCACAAUAACCAAAUAUAAAAAAGUUCUAAGUUUAAUUAAGAUUACCUAACGUUUUUAGCUUUUCGUCCUCCUUAUUGGGAAUAUUUUGGCAUUCAACUGAUUAGAGAUUCUCUUGAAAAAAAUUUGAUAUCCAGCAAAGUUAAACUAAAUGUAGUUUUUGCUAAUAUUGGAAAUUCAAACUCUAUGUAUAGAAUAACAGUUCUAAAAUAAGACCUAGAAAAGAAGAAUAAAAACAUACAUCUAUUUUCUGAAACUACAGGAGCUUAUCUCUUUUUUUCUUCUAAUAAUAUCCACAACGGUUCAACUAUAUUUAAAUGUGAGCCACCAAUAGGUGGAAAAGAAAACAAAGAAUUUCUUAUCAACGCAUCCAAACUUAAUAUGGUUGAUACAGUUAGCAGCUACCAUUUCCCAGUUGAAUAUAAAUUUAAAUGUAUAGAAGAUGGAGAUUUUCGAAAAGCAUUUAGUGGUAUAUGUACUGCUGGAUUUACUUUGUAAGCCACAUGGACAGCCUUAUAUCAAUCCUAUAAAAAUAUUAGAAAUAAAUCUCUUAGCAAGAAUAAAGAUGAAGAAGGAGAACUUAAAAAAUUAAAAGCUCUUUUAAAUUAUUUGGUAAAUAUGUUAAGUGCUAAACCAGCAAAAAUUCUUAGCAUCCAUAAUAUGAAAGGAUCUAUUCAAAAAGGCAAGUAUGCUGAUUUUGUAAUUUGGGAUCCUUUCUCAGAUUGUCAAAGAAUAAAAAUACCUCCUUCCUAUCGCUUUAAGUCAGUUCAUAUCUUUGAUAAAAGAAAGGUUUAUGGGCAUGUUUAAGCUACUAUAUUAAGAGGAAACAUAGUUUAUGACAACUAAAAUUCAUCUUCAUAAAUAUUUUUAAAAUCUCAAGGGAAAUUAAUAACUAAAUGUGGUGUAAAAUGA